CGAGGCAGUCUUGGAACAUCAUUAGAAACUAAUCUGAUCUGUUAAACCAGGUUGUGGAUAGGCAGGUACUGUUUUGAUCAGUGAGUCAUUUUGCCAGAGGAUGAAUGUAUGGUAAUUGGAACACACAGGUGACAGUGAACGGAAAGGGACAGACGGAUGACGUCAUAAGGGUUUUACAUGGCAGAGAGACAUGAAUUUCCUUCCCACUGUAGACCUGUCUAUUGGGGACCUACGCAUGCCCUUCAAUGAAGAGGUUAAGUACUGUCUCCUGAGCAUCUCUGUAACCCUCUUCCUGAUUGCUAUGGGCAUUCUGGUGUGGCAAUUAUACCGUUACUGCUCACAGGCUCCAAAGGGACCUGUGGAUGACUUACUUUCAUCUGAUGGCAAGCCAGCAAAGACAGGAGACUUCCACACAGAAACCCAGAGGCCUAAUUUUAAGGUGGAGAAGCUCCAUGAAGAGGCGCAGAGGUUGAGCCGUUGCCUGUCCAUGGGCAGCCAUGUGGAGCUGCCCAGCCUGGGGAACCAGCUGGAGGAGGAGGUGAAGGGCUCCCUGCGCUUCUCCCUCUACUAUGACCAGCUGCAGUCCAGACUGGUGAUCACCGUCCUGGAGGCCCUGGUCCUGCCGGUCAGGGACUUCAGCCGCAGUGUGGACCCCUUUGUGAGGGUUCGGCUGCUAUGGGCCAGGCAUGAUGAUGAGGAGGAGGAGAAGGGGGAGCAGUCCUCUCCUUCACUGAAGUGUGUGCUCCAUGAGUGGCAGACCCAUAUGGUGAAGGACAACAGCAGCCCUACGUUUGGGGACCAGUUCUCGUGCUCUCUGGAGGAGGAGGAUGUCCCUCACACCACCGUCAGGUUUGAGGUCAGAGACUUUGACAAGUUCUCCAGGCAUGGGUUCCUGGGAGAGGUCAGAGUUUCUCUGUGCGAUAUGAACAUCUCAUACCCUCUUGAAGUUCUGGAGGAUCUACAGACACCACAAAAGGACAUGGUUGGAGAGGUGCUUCUCUCUCUAAAGUACCUCCACACCCUCCAGAGGCUAGAGGUGGGUCUGCUGAAAAUCAGGGCACUGCCUCAGCCAAGUAAAAUAGACAAAGUUCAGUUGUAUGCCAGGAUCAGUGUCCUCUGUAACCAGUUCAAGCUGCGGCAUCAGAAGUCCACUACUAAGACCCUGUGCGAAGUGACCGUCUUCAACGAAGUCAUGAUGUUCACACUGCCAGACCCACUGAUCAGGGCGUGCUGCAUUGUGGUCUCUGUGUACGAGAUCCAUGCAGCCAGGAAGUCAUCCAAACGCCUGGUUGGCCAGGUCACCUUUGGAAAGGGAAAGAGCUCAGAGGAUGAACACUGGAGUUUGAUGAUGCGAUCAAUUUGUCAGCCAAUAGCCAAGUGGCAUCCGCUGUUGAUCUGAGGUCAGCCAGGCCCCCUACUUUGACUAUGUUCUUGUAAUGCACAGCAUACUGGACAAAGUUGAUCGUUUUCACGAAAUCUAAGAUGAAACCUCAGACUCUUCCACAUAUGGUCACUAUGAAGGGCAAGCAAAUAGAAUGAGUAUCAACUUACAAGUACUUGGUUUCUUGAUAGAUGAGUGUCUCAACUUUCAACCCCACAUCGAAGGUCUUGUGAAAAAGCUUAGGCUCAAGUUGAGUUCUUAUUUUCAUAAUAAGUCAUGUUUUUCUUUUGAGGUGUGAAAGAGGCUUGUUUCCGCUACUUUUGUCCCUGUAAUUGAUUAUGGUGAUAUCUUGUACAUGUAUGCCCCUGUGGCAUCAUUACGUAUGCUGGACACUGUGUACCUUGGGGCUCUGAGGUUUGUUACUAACUCCAAAGCUCUCACACGUCACUGUAUCCUCUAUAUGAGAGUUGGCUGGCCUUCAUUAGCUCUUCGGAGAUUACAUCAUUGGUACUUUUUUAUUUAUAAGGCCAUAUUGAGACAGCUCCCAUUUGACUUGUGUAACUACAUUGUCCAGCAGACAAAUGAAAACUAUCGCCUGUGCUCACGACUGUGUUUUGUUGAUUGUGCCUAAGGCCCGUACAGAGAUAGGGGAAAAAAACGUUCCUGUUCUCUGCCCCUUCCGCUUGAAACAAGCUUCAAAAGGUCCUGAAAUUACAGGAGCUUGUCCCUUUAAAUUAGUUUAAAGUUAAACACUAUAAUGGAAAAUUGUGGAAAAUGAAGUGGGGGGCUGUCAAUGUUUUGACUCCUAGUUGCACCACACUUUCCCUAACCAUCUUGCUGUUCAAUGUGUAAAUUCGUGUUUUUUAAAAAGUGCUUUGUGUUUUAUGUUGUAAAUGUGUGUGCAACUUUGUGUGCUGCUAUUUUGUCCAGGUCUCUCUUGUAAAAUAGUUUGGUCAUCUCAAUGAGACUA